GGUUACGAAACAUUUUAGGAACGAAAUUACCCAAUAUGAAAGUGAAAGUACGCUUUCAGUAUGUGUUGUCGCUGAUGGGCGUUUGAUUACUUUUAAUGUUGUGGAGAGAGCCAGGAGAAAGUCACCGAGACAAAGAAUGUCUCUACAGCUACAUCCAUAUUCGCUGUAUAGCUCGGACACGACCCGGUUUUGGGUCCACUACGGACUGGUCAUUCUUGGUGCUGUCUUAGCAGUAGUUACCGCAGUGGCACAGUGGGUCGAUCCAGCUCCAUACGGAAAACAUGAGAGAAGGGAUGGGAACUGGGGUCCCAAGAUUCCGCAGAGACUUGGACAUAUCCUAUCAGACGCUGUUCCCGGCGUGGUGCUAUUUACACUGGUUUUCAUAUUUUAUGGAAUACAGAACAAAACCUAUGUGAACUAUGUGUUCCUGGCCAUGUUUCUGUCACACUAUAUACACAGAGGUAUAAUACACCCUAUUAUAAUGAGAUACAGAAGUUCUAAAGUGGCUUUAGGGAUAACGCUGGGAGGAUUUUUUCCAAAUUGUCUUUAUCAUUUUAUCAAUGCUGACUUUAUAGGAUCAGCAGAAUUUUACACAAAUUAUUACUAUGACCCUCGUUUUUUGGUUGGUAUUAUAAUGUUCUGUGCUGGGUACAUCAUCAACAGAUGGGCGGAUCUAAAAUUACGAUCGUUACGGGAAACUAAAGAUGAACAAAGUAAGCGGGCCGCGAGCUACGGUUCUCUAAGUACAAAUAAAGAAGAGCAUAGUAACGAACCACCAGGAUGCACGGGGUACUAUAUACCAUAUGGAGGCCUGUUUGAACUAGUGACAUGUCCGAACUACUUUGGAGAACUCCUAGAAUGGACGGGGUGGACAAUCGCCACGUGGUCUGCAGCUGGCCUGGUAUGGACACUGUUUGCAGCGGCGACUUUUUUCCCGAGAGCACGGCAUAAUCACGCCUGGUACAAAUCACAGUUCGAGUCCUAUCCACCAAACCGGAAAUCCCUCAUCCCGUUCAUUUUUUAGUCGUAUCGGGUCAUGUUUAUAAUUUGGCAUCUUAUGCAUAUCAAUUUCUCUGUGAACAAUGUUCAAUUGCUUCAUUUUGUGCAACAUGUAUGUAAUCGUAGUUAUGUAUAUGUCACCAGUGUUGUCCCUUGGCAUCUUAAUUUUUGUUGAAUUUCCAAGAACCAAAUACAUGUAUAUUCAAAUUGUAUUAUUCUUUUGUCGAGUGCAAUCCAACUUCAAGGACCUUUCUACGUGUAACAUAUUAAUUGUGUUAAUAUUUCAAGAUGAGAAAUCCGCAAUCCAUGAAUUGGAACUCUAUUUUAUUUAAUAUUAGUGUAAUUCAUACGGGUAUUGUCGAUGAAUUUAAUCAUUCAUAUUAUUGACACAUAUAAAUUAUAUAUGAAAAAGUAAUUUAAAAGCACUCUUUUUAAAUUCUCAUAAAGUUGAUUUCUUUUUUACUAGAAGCUCAUCAUUGUUUUGAAUGAACUUUAACAUUUUUACAUAUCCUGAUAGAUUUAUUGCUUUUCUGCGUCAAUUUUGUCUACAUAUUGUAUCAAACGAUUCAUUUGUAAUAUCAAUUUAUUUAUAUGAUGAAAAAACAUGAGAUAUUGUAUCAAACGAUUCAUUUGUAAUAUCAAUUUAUUUUUACGAAUAAAACACACGAGAUAUUUUACAUUUAUCUAUUGACUAAUUUAAAGUCCAUGUUUGCCCAACACUUUAUUUUGUAUUGCUUAUAGGAGUUGUGAGAUUGAUUACUGUUCGUUAUCUUCACCUUUCACAUAAUACUUGUAAUUAUCAAUUUAUUUGCAUAAUACAAUACAUGUUUACUAAUAAUUAUUAUUGAUUGUACGUGUUAUAGUCGACUUCUUCAUAUCAAUACCUGUAAUUAUUGAAUGAUUGACAUACUACAAUACAUGUUGUAUUGGAUGAUUUGCAUUUAUAUUACAUUAUAUUUAUUGGCAGAUUGACAUCAAUAUCAUACAUGUAAUUAUUGAGUGAUUGUCAUUUGAAAUAUAAUACAUGUGAUUAUAAACUUAUUCGACAGAUC